UUAGAUCAAGGGGAGGAAGGGGGCUAGCGGGAUCGUUUAAGCAGGUAGAUUAUAUACAUCAAUAAAUAGGCACAUUGAGUUGUAAGAAACGUGGUUCGUUUGGAAACCGCCAUCGGACACGUUCCGGUCACCUCUCGGUGCCAGGAAGAGGGUCUUGGUGGCGUUUCAGAGCCGUUCCCUGUUUGAAAAGCAGCGUGCCGGUGGGAGGACGAGUCUCUUUGAAUAGACAGGAUGCACGGACCGCCUUCCAGCGACAGCGCAUGCCCACUGCGCCUCAUCAAGAGAGUUCAGUUCGGCAUCAUCAGCCCAGAUGAGCUUAAACGGAUGUCCGUUACAGAAGGGGGCAUCAAGUACCCCGAGACCACAGAGGGUGGACGUCCCAAACUGGGCGGCCUCAUGGACCCCCGGCAGGGGGUCAUCGAGAGGUCGGGGAGAUGCCAGACGUGUGCAGGUAACAUGACCGAAUGUCCCGGUCACUUCGGUCACAUCGAGCUGGCCAAGCCCGUCUUUCACGUCGGCUUCAUCACGAAGAUCAUGAAAGUCCUCCGCUGUGUGUGUUUCUUCUGCUCCAAGCUGCUGGUCGAUGCGAACAACCCAAAAAUCAAAGACAUUCUGGGCAAGUCGAAAGGACAGCCGCGAAAGCGCCUGAUGCACGUCUACGACCUGUGUAAAGGUAAAAACAUCUGCGAGGGCGGCGAGGAGAUGGACAACAAGUUCGGAGUGGAGCAGCAGGAGAACGACGAGGACCUGACUAAAGAAAAGGGUCACGGCGGGUGUGGGCGGUACCAGCCUCGGAUCCGGCGCACAGGUCUGGAGCUGUACGCCGAGUGGAAGCACGUGAACGAGGACUCUCAGGAGAAGAAGAUUCUCCUCAGCCCCGAACGCGUGCACGAGAUCUUCAAACGCAUCUCUGACGAGGAGGAUCUCAUCCUGGGGAUGGAUCCCAAGUACGCACGGCCCGAGUGGAUGAUCGUCACGGUGCUGCCGGUUCCACCUCUCUCCGUCAGACCUGCUGUGGUCAUGCAGGGCUCAGCCAGGAACCAGGACGAUUUGACGCACAAGUUAGCCGACAUCGUGAAAAUCAAUAACCAACUGCGACGGAACGAGCAGAGCGGAGCUGCGGCGCACGUCAUAGCAGAAGACGUCAAGCUCCUGCAGUUCCACGUGGCCACCAUGGUGGACAACGAGCUGCCCGGUCUGCCUCGAGCGAUGCAAAAAUCCGGCCGUCCGCUCAAAUCCAUCAAACAGAGGCUGAAGGGGAAGGAAGGCCGAGUGCGAGGAAACCUGAUGGGGAAGCGCGUCGACUUCUCUGCCCGAACAGUCAUCACGCCUGACCCCAACUUACAGAUAGACCAAGUAGGCGUGCCCCGCUCCAUCGCCGCCAACAUGACCUUCCCCGAGAUCGUCACGCCGUUUAACAUCGACAGGCUCCAGGAGCUGGUGAGGAGAGGAAACAGCCAGUAUCCCGGAGCCAAAUACAUCAUCCGCGAUAACGGGGACCGGAUCGACCUCCGUUUCCACCCAAAACCGAGUGACCUUCACCUUCAGAUCGGCUACAAGGUGGAGCGGCACAUGUGCGACGGCGACAUCAUCAUCUUUAACAGGCAGCCCACCCUGCACAAAAUGUCUAUGAUGGGUCACAGGGUUCGAAUCCUGCCUUGGUCUACCUUUCGUCUCAACCUCAGCGUAACGACUCCUUACAACGCCGACUUCGACGGGGACGAGAUGAACCUGCACCUGCCCCAGUCGCUCGAGACCCGUGCCGAGAUUCAGGAGCUGGCCAUGGUGCCACGUAUGAUCGUCACACCCCAGUCCAACAGACCUGUCAUGGGUAUCGUGCAGGACACGCUCACCGCCGUGCGCAAGUUCACCAAGCGAGACGUCUUCUUAGAGAGGGGUGAAGUGAUGAACCUGCUGAUGUUCCUGUCGUCCUGGGACGGCAAAGUGCCGCAGCCUGCUAUCUUAAAGCCACGCCCACUGUGGACCGGCAAGCAGAUCUUCAGCUUGAUCAUUCCGGGUCACAUCAACGUGAUCCGUACGCACAGCACGCAUCCGGACGACGAGGACAGCGGGCCGUUUAAGCACAUCUCUCCCGGAGACACUAAGGUGAUCGUGGAGAACGGCGAGCUGAUCAUGGGGAUCUUGUGUAAGAAGUCCCUCGGUACGUCUGCCGGUUCUCUCGUCCACAUCUCCUACCUAGAAAUGGGUCAUGACAUCACCCGCCUCUUCUACUCCAACAUUCAGACUGUCGUCAACAACUGGCUGCUCAUCGAGGGUCACUCCAUUGGUAUCGGUGACUCCAUCGCUGAUGCAAAGACGUAUCUCGACAUUCAGAACACCAUCAAGAAGGCCAAGCAAGAUGUGAUAGAGGUCAUCGAGAAAGCUCACAACAACGAACUGGAGCCCACUCCGGGUAACACCCUGAGACAGACCUUUGAGAAUCAGGUCAACCGUAUCCUGAACGACGCUCGAGACAAGACCGGAUCUUCUGCUCAGAAGUCGCUGUCCGAGUACAACAACUUCAAAUCCAUGGUGGUGGCCGGAUCCAAGGGCUCCAAAAUUAACAUCUCACAGGUUAUUGCUGUGGUGGGUCAGCAGAACGUUGAAGGUAAACGAAUCCCUUUCGGGUUCAAGCACCGCACUCUUCCUCACUUCAUCAAGGACGACUACGGUCCCGAAAGCAGGGGGUUCGUGGAGAACUCGUACCUCGCCGGUCUGACGCCCACAGAGUUCUUCUUCCACGCCAUGGGAGGUAGAGAGGGUCUGAUCGAUACGGCCGUGAAGACAGCCGAGACGGGUUAUAUCCAGCGUCGUCUGAUCAAGUCUAUGGAGUCUGUUAUGGUGAAAUACGACGCCACGGUGAGGAACUCCAUUAACCAGGUGGUACAGCUGAGAUACGGAGAGGACGGCCUGGCUGGAGAGGCUGUCGAAUUCCAAAACAUGGCCACGCUUAAACCGUCCCACAAAGCUUUUGAGAAGAAGUUCAAGUUUGAAUACACUAACGAGCGAGCUCUCCGGCGCACGCUGCAGGAGGACGUGCUGAAGGAAGUGAUGACCAACGCGCAUGUGCAGAGCGCUCUGGAGAGGGAGUUUGAGAAAAUGAAGGAGGACCGAGAGAUCCUGAGAGCCAUUUUCCCCACUGGGGACAGCAAGGUGGUGCUGCCGUGCAAUCUGGCCCGAAUGAUCUGGAACGCUCAAAAGAUUUUCCGCAUCAACCCUCGGACUCCGACAGAUCUCAACCCUUUAAGAGUGGUGGAGGGUGUGCAAGAGCUGAGUAAGAAGCUGGUGAUCGUGAACGGCGACGAUCCGUUAAGCAAGCAGGCCCAACAGAACGCCACGCUGCUUCUCAACAUCCAUCUGCGCUCCACGCUCUGCUCCAGACGCAUGACCGAAGAGUUUCGUCUCAGCUCCGAGGCCUUCGAGUGGCUCCUGGGAGAGAUCGAGACCAAAUUCAAUCAGUCGAUUGUUCACCCGGGUGAGAUGGUGGGUGCUCUGGCUGCUCAGUCUCUGGGCGAGCCUGCCACUCAGAUGACCCUGAACACCUUCCACUACGCCGGUGUGUCGGCGAAGAACGUCACCCUGGGUGUUCCUCGACUCAAAGAGCUGAUCAACAUCUCCAAGCGUCCCAAGACUCCGUCCUUGACCGUGUUCCUGCUGGGCCAGGCGGCCCGUGACGCAGAGCGCGCCAAAGACAUCCUGUGUCGCCUGGAGCACACGACGCUGCGCAAGGUCACGGCCAACACUGCCAUCUACUACGACCCCAACCCGCAGAGCACGGUGGUGUCCGAGGAUCAGGAGUGGGUGAACGUUUACUACGAGAUGCCCGACUUCGACGUGACUCGCAUCUCGCCCUGGCUGCUGCGCAUCGAGCUGGAUCGCAAACACAUGACUGACCGCAAGCUCUCCAUGGAGCAGAUCGCUGAGAAGAUUAAUGCAGGUUUUGGUGAUGACCUAAACUGCAUCUUCAACGACGAUAACGCUGAGAAGCUGGUGCUGCGUAUCCGAAUCAUGAACAGCGACGAGAACAAGUUCCAGGAGGACGAGGAGGUGGUGGAUAAGAUGGACGACGACGUGUUUCUGCGCUGUAUCGAGUCCAACAUGCUGACGGACAUGACCCUGCAGGGCAUCGAGCAGAUCAGCAAGGUGUACAUGCAUCUUCCUCAAACCGAGAACAAGAAGAAGACCAUAAUCACUGAGGACGGAGAGUUCAAAGCGCUGCAGGAAUGGAUUCUGGAGACGGACGGCGUCAGUCUUAUGAGAGUCCUCAGCGAGAAGGACGUCGACCCCGUCAGGACCACCUCUAACGAUAUAGUGGAGAUCUUCACUGUGCUCGGGAUCGAGGCGGUGCGUAAGGCCCUGGAGAGAGAGUUGUACCACGUCAUCUCCUUCGACGGUUCCUACGUGAACUACCGCCACCUUGCCCUCCUGUGCGACACCAUGACCUGUAGAGGUCACCUGAUGGCCAUCACGCGUCACGGCAUCAACAGACAGGACACUGGACCGCUCAUGAAGUGCUCUUUUGAAGAGACGGUGGAUGUCUUGAUGGAAGCGUCGUCCCAUGGAGAAUGCGAUCCCAUGAAAGGCGUGUCUGAAAACAUCAUGCUCGGACAGCUGGCUCCUGCAGGCACCGGCUGCUUCGACCUGCUGCUGGAUGCUGAGAAAUGCAAAUACGGCAUGGAGAUUCCCACCAACAUCCCCGGGAUCAGCGUGGCUGGACCAACGGGAAUGUUCUUCGGCUCCGCCCCCAGCCCUAUGAGUGGCAUGUCUCCAGCCAUGACACCCUGGAACACGGGGGCCACCCCAGCUUACGGUGCAUGGUCUCCCAGCGUGGGAAGUGGAAUGACUCCAGGAGCCGCAGGAUUUUCACCCAGUGCCGCCUCCGACGCCAGCGGCUUCUCUCCGGGUUACUCGCCCGCGUGGUCUCCUACGCCUGGCUCUCCUGGGUCUCCUGGUCCGGCCAGUCCUUACAUUCCCUCUCCAGGUGGAGCCAUGUCUCCAAACUAUUCGCCGACGUCUCCGGCGUACGAGCCACGCUCCCCGGGAGGCUACACCCCACAGAGCCCCGGCUACUCGCCCACGUCUCCGUCUUACUCUCCCACGUCUCCUUCCUACUCUCCCACCAGCCCCAACUACAGCCCAACCUCUCCAUCUUAUUCUCCCACCUCUCCAUCCUACUCUCCGACAUCUCCGUCUUAUUCCCCCACCUCCCCGAGCUAUUCGCCCACAUCGCCCUCUUACUCGCCCACCUCUCCGUCUUAUUCCCCCACCUCUCCGUCCUACUCUCCGACGUCUCCGUCGUAUUCCCCGACUUCACCCUCUUAUUCACCCACGUCUCCCAGCUACAGCCCGACGUCCCCGUCGUAUUCGCCCACCUCUCCGUCGUACUCGCCGACUUCCCCCUCGUACUCCCCGACCUCUCCUUCUUAUUCCCCGACGUCGCCCUCGUAUUCGCCGACGUCUCCCAGCUACAGCCCGACCUCACCCAAUUACACGCCCACUUCGCCCAGCUAUUCGCCCACGUCUCCGUCUUACAGCCCCACCUCGCCUUCGUACUCGCCCACGUCUCCGAAUUACACGCCCACCAGCCCGAAUUAUUCUCCCACGUCCCCGUCUUACUCCCCCACGUCUCCUUCCUACUCCCCGUCCAGUCCUCGGUACACGCCUCAGUCUCCCACGUACACCCCAAGCUCACCCUCUUACAGCCCGAGCUCCCCGUCUUACUCCCCCACGUCUCCGAAAUACACCCCCACUUCUCCGUCAUACAGCCCCAGCUCUCCAGAGUACACCCCGACUUCACCCAAGUACUCUCCCACUUCGCCCAAGUACUCGCCCACUUCUCCCAAAUACAGCCCGACGUCUCCGACUUACUCGCCCACGACGCCCAAAUACAGCCCCACGUCUCCGACGUACUCUCCGACGUCUCCUACCUACACCCCGACCAGCCCCAAGUACUCGCCCACUUCGCCCACGUACUCCCCGACGUCUCCGAAAUACUCCCCGACUUCGCCCACGUACUCGCCCACUAGUCCCAAAGGCUCGACUUACAGCCCGACCUCGCCCGGGUACAGUCCGACGUCUCCGACCUACAGUCCAGCCAUCAGCCCCGACGACAGCGACGAGGAAAACAACUGAAGCAGACGACGACGACCGGAUUAGACGCGCCGUCACGGCGCCGUCUCGUCCUCGGAGUCCCUCCUUGAAAACGCAGCAUCAGCACGGGAACAUUAUCGUCGGCGGACAUCGCGACAUUUCUCGCAUCAUUUCUGCAAACUGGCUCUAUUUACUAUGAUACCGUCAUAGUUGUGAACUGUAGAACCGACUGCCUUUCAGCUUUUUGAGUUUGACCGGAUCGAGAAGGGGUUUCGGGGUGUUCUAUCUAAACGUAAAUAUGAAAACCCACCCUUCUUAACUUAUCUCUAAUUCAGUGUUGAACCUAAUGGAAAUCUGAGAGAGAUUAAUUUGCCAAAAGCCUUUAGAAAGCAAAUAGAGGAUCGUAUCGUCUGCUGCAGAUGGAACUGGAGGGGGAUGGGGAGGGGGGUCAUCGACUAAAGUGAGGUGCACAGAUGAGAAAUUUUACGGAAACGUAUCUAACAUUGACUUUUUAUUUUUUUUUUCCUUUCUUACUUUGUGUGUAUAUUUAUAUAUACAUAUGCUGUGCUCAGUUUGUUUGUCCAUGCAAAUGGAAAGAACUGAAACCCUAAUUAAUGAAUGUUCAGAGCCGGAUUUGUUUAUCGGCUAAAAUUAAGAUUUUCAGUCAUGUAUAAUUUGACCAGAUGUUCAUAUGCUGGUCAUUAGCGUAGAAGAAAGGGUCGUUGUAGUGGACGACCAUGCUGAGGGCUUAUCUACCAACCUUCCUCUAUUAUUAUUAUUAUUAUUAUUAUUAUUAUUAUUAUUAUUAUUGGUAGUUAAUCUUUCACCAGCAUCCUGUUCAAUUUUCAAAUAACCACAUAAAAAAAGUUAUAGCCAGCAAUAGCUUCCCUCUAACUGUAGAGGAAUGUGAAUUAUUAUUAUUAUUAUUUCCAAAAAGAUGAUUUUUGAUUUUUUUUUUUAUUGAUUUUAGAGUGUUAUAGGAGGAUGAAGGGGAGGGAGCGAUUCGUAUACAAGUCGGCUUGCUUGUCCUGUCGAGCCGAACCCGUUUCUUCGCAUCUUUUGGUUUUAUCUCGGAAUCUUCCCAAAAACCUCAUCCGUCCCAGUCAGCGGCUGUAUAAAUAAAAUAAAAAAUAAAUAAGUAAAGAUUUCCCUCCUCGACUUCCUUUUUAGUUGAUCGUUAUUUAAAUAGAGUCCCAGUCAGUUACCGAAGGGAAAUUUCAUCGGAAGUUUCUCACAUUUUUGUAUUUUUUUUUUCCGGUCAGAGAUGUUUAGAUUUGUGUUCCUUGGGUUUACUUUUGGAUCGAACGUUCUGGACGUUUUUCAUUUCAGCGGUCCGUCUUGCGUUAAGAGCAGGGGGAGGGGGGGGGGGGCGCGUGGGGGUUGGCAAAGUUGAUUUUCUGAGAAAGCCGAGUGCUAAAACCCGUGGACUAGCAAGCAGUCGAGCUCGUCGUUUCUGUUAAUGGUCGUUCUUCCUUCUCUGUUCGUCCAAACGUGUGACCCAAGAUUUCUUACAUCAGUAAUCAGUGUUUCGUCCUCCUUCCUCUACCCCCCCCUCCACCCUCCCCUUUCCAAUGUUCCUGAGGGGUUUUGGGAUGGACGGGGAGGCUCAAAAAUAUCUACUGGAAACCUAUAUGCAGAAGGUUUUGCGUAGAAACGGGUGGAACCAGGGUUCCUGACAUGAGAGGCCUUUGUCUUGCUCUUUCGAUGUCAGGCGAUGGUGGCUUUGCACGAGCGUUUGCUUUAUAAAGCCUUUAGAGCAGGUUCGUCAGAGUCUCCGCCCUAGAUUGCCUUCAACAAUGUUUUCUUAAAGUAAAGGUCCAGUCACUUAUGUACCCAGGCUCCUAGUAGAAGUGUGUGAGUGUGUGUGGAUGUGUGAGUGUGUGUGUGUGUGUGUGUGUGUGUGUGUGAAUUGAGAGGGUUUCCUUCAGUUGGGCAGAGUUUGAAAAAGGGUAACGAAGCAAGAUUUAAACUUUAAAUUGUCACUGUAUAGAAGAGGACGUCUCAAAUUCUCUGUAUCUGUUUGUUUGUUUUUGACUUGAUAACAAUAAAAUGUUUGCCUACA